UGGAGGGGUUGAGACGUGAAGAAUAUGAGCCGAGGGAAAUAGUGAAACGUGUUCGUUCAUAUUUGAUCGGAUUCCCUCCAAGCGCCAACUAUAAAUAUAAUUUCUGUUUCUGUUCGAAAUUCAAUUACGUUCCUUCCCAGAUCUAUGGAUUAAUUGCAAUCUCAUAUCAGUCGUUUCUUUCCAUUCCAAUCUCCUCGAAUGCUGUUGCGUUUGAAAUCGCAGAGAGGCCUUGGGAUUCUGGUGUAAGAAUUAGGGUUUCGACGAUGCCUUCGGUUUCCUUUGCUCUCCUUCUACGCCAUCUGGUCCCUUCCUUGGCCAUAUUCCACGGUGGAUCCUCCUCUCAUCGUCUCAAACAUCUCGAAAAAAGUGAUCGGCGUUGUAGUCUUAGUUAACAUCGUUUCCUUCUUCUGCUUCUCAUCUUUCCAGAACACCUCUUUUGGUUUCCUCUCAUCUCUCUGUGUUUUGCGUUCACUUCAUAGACCUCUAAAAUUUUGCCGCUGAAAACGCCGUCUUUUAAAGUGCCUAAUACAAUUGAUGGACACGCCCUCUCCCGUUAAUGCUGUGCAUGACAACAUCAUAAGUAAGCUUGAAGGCAUUUUUAGUGAGUCAUUACAUAUACAAGAUGCUCAGAAGUCAGAACAUGCAUCUGAGGAGCAUCAUAUUGGUAAUUGUGAUGUGGGGGAGCGGAACUUACGUGGAGGUUUUGAACUGCAAGAAACCAAAUUAGACAUAAAUUGCUUGAAAAAGUGUCCAAACUUCCCUUAUCCCGAUGUGUUGUUGCCUUCAAGUUCUUCUGAGGAGGAGAAUGAUACGUCACCCUCUAAGCAAUCUCCAAAACAAAGCUACUCAAGCUCGGUAUCUUUGUCAGCACCUUCAAAGCUUGUUUCCGCCAUGAAAGGUAGCCGUGAGAAAGAGGGAAGAUCACAAAUGACAUUGACAGUUAAAUGGGCCCCUGAUGUGUAUGAUCCUAUACCUACAUUGUCAUCACAUACUGUCAAAAUCAAGAAACAGCCGAAAUCCAGGAGCAGGAAGAAUGAAAAGAAAAAUGGAAAGAAGAGUCAGAAGGUGAACUACUCUAAAAGAGGCAGCAGCAAAGAUAAACAGUAUCUAAAUAGGUGGCUUCAUUCUCGUGGUGAAAUGUUUGAAGCUUCCACUGAAUUAGAUAAUCUUGAUGUUGCUAACCAUGAUUCCCACUGUGGAACUAGCUACUUAAAAACAUCAGUUACAAAGGUUCACUAUCCUAUUGGAGAAGCGCUGUAACAUUCUUGAUUGUAUCACGUAUCGAGACUGCACAAGUUGAUAAUUUCCUGUUAUGUUGUAUCAUAUGAAUAGCUUGACCAAGGCUGUUUUAGAACACACAAUGUACCUCGCAAAGCAGCCAGCCUAAUGUGGGUUAUAUAUCAAUAAGGAAUUACGGGGAUACCAUGCUGAGCAUGUACACAAUGUAAAAUAAGCUUAAUGAUUUUAACUUCUCUCAAAAACUGAUUAUGUGUCAACCAAAUUAUAGUUUAUUGGAAAUAAUUAUUUUAAUUUUCUUA